AUGGCCGUCACCGGUUUCAUUCACCACUUCGGUACCUUUUUGCUCCUUGCAGCAACAAUCCUGCUUGUUAUCACCAGCAUCUCCGCCCCGGUGGUGCACCACAUCUCCCUCCUGACCGUGAAGCUGGGCGAAUCUUCUGCCGGCAACGAGAUCAAGUUUGGCACUUUUGGAUGGUGUGUCAUUGGCGGUUCCGCAGAUGGCUCCGACCAAUGCAGCCGCUCUAGAAUCGGCUACUCGCCUGCCGACAUCGUCGGCGAGGCCGAUGCCACGCAGUACUCCGGCUGGUCUUCCACCGCCGCCGAGGGCCUGACCCGGGUCAUGAUCCUCCACCCCAUCGCCGCCGGUGUCUCCUUCAUCGCCUUCGUCCUCUCCGUCGGCGCCGGCAUGUUUGGCUCGCUCUUCGCCGCCCUUGUCUCCGGCGUCGCUUUCAUCAUCACCAUCGUCGCCCUCAUCUGCGACUGGGUCAUGCUCGCCGUCAUCCGCCGCAACGUCAACCGGGACGACAACGGCACUGACGGCAGCUACGCUCACUACGACGUCGCGCUCUGGACCCUCUUGGCCGCCACCAUCUGCCUGCUCCUCGGUACCAUCAUCGUCUUCUUCACCUGCUGCAGUGGGCGUCUGCACAAGCGCCGCCAGCAGCGGUCCAAGAUCGACAACUACUCUCCCCCUGCCACGCACACCACCUACCGCCGUCGCCGCUUCUGGCAGCGCAGCCGCGUCUGA